AUGCAUACAGUUCCUAUCAGCCAUUAUGAAAUAUUUCUGAUACAAUUUUCAGUUUAUGUAACACUUCCAAUUGAAAAUCAACUGAAUGUACUAGUCAGGAAUUAUCAUUCUGUGCAUUCUAGUGAAGCUGAUAGUAUAAUUUUAGCAACUUUAAUGCCUUUACUUUCUUGUUGUGGAUUAUAUGGUGGUGUGGAUUUCAAUUCAUCCUCUCGAUUUAGUCAAAGUGAAGUGUAUCAGGAUAUGAGCUAUGCAGUAGUCUGGUCUGGAAAUCUCGAAAGCUUACCUAUGCGAAUGGCAUAG